CACUUGGAUUGCUUUGCUUGUCGCCAAAUUUAGUCGUCGUCUACCUACUACUCUUGUAUAUAGGCCAUCUCAUUCUCAGCAAUAUAUAUCCCUCUCCCUACCGCUCCUCGGUCGAUCACGAGGCAUUAGCAGCAGGUCUCCCAUCUCCCGUUGCUGCGUGCGGCGGGCCGAGUGUCGUAGUCGCGCGCGCUUGACUGAACCUGAACCGGCGGGGGAUGGGGGCGCUGGAGGAGCUCGUGGCGAAGGCGGGCGGGUGCGCGGUCAUCGACGGCGGCUUCGCCACGCAGCUGGAGGCGCUCGGCGCCGACAUCAACGACCCGCUCUGGAGCGCCGCCUGCCUCAUCACCAGGCCGCACCUCGUCAAGGAGGUUCAUAUGCAGUAUCUUGAAGCAGGCGCCGACAUCAUUAUUUCAUCAUCUUACCAGGCAACGAUCCCAGGUUUCCUGGCUAGAGGAAUGUCUGUUGAUGAAGCCGAAGAUUUACUGCGAACAAGUGUAAAACUGGCCGUUGAAGCUCGAGAUGAAUUCUGGAAGUCAGCACUGAGAAAGGCCAAGCCUAUAUACAACCGUGCCCUGGUUGCUGCAUCCGUUGGGAGCUAUGGAGCCUAUCUUGCCGAUGGAUCAGAGUACAGUGGAUCAUACGGAGCUGACAUCACAGCCGAAAAGCUGAAGGACUUCCACAGGCGCCGGCUGCAGGUCCUUGCAAGUGCCGGUCCUGAUCUGAUUGCGUUCGAGGCCAUUCCUAACAAAAUGGAGGCACAGGCAUUGGUUGAGCUUCUGGAGGAAGAGAAGGUCCAGGUCCCUUCUUGGAUCUGCUUCAGCUCCGUGGACGGCAAGAACCUGUGCUCUGGGGAGAGUUUCGCAGACUGCCUUAAGAUCCUCGACACGAGCGAUAAGGUGGCCGUUGUAGGGGUGAACUGCACACCACCUCAGUUCAUCGAGGGCAUCAUAUGCGAGUUCAAGAAGCAAACCAAGAAGGCGAUUGCAGUGUACCCGAACAGCGGCGAAGUCUGGGACGGGAGAGCGAAGAGGUGGCUGCCGGUGGAGUGCUUAGGUCACAAGAGCUUCGACGCGCUCGCGAAGAGAUGGCAGGAGGCUGGGGCCAGCCUCAUCGGAGGGUGCUGCCGGACCACGCCUUCAACUAUUAGGGCCGUUUCCAAGAUCCUCAAAGGAAAGACGGGACAUUGAUUUGUUCAGAAUUGAGCUGUUGUUGCAUUAUGUCAGUAGCCAGAAUAACAUUCAGAAUAUGCAUCCUGCUGCUCUUUCUUUUCCCUUUCAAUUUGAGCUCAUUAAAAGCGGGUAUCAAUAUAAUUUUGCAGUGUAAAACGUAAUACUAGUUUGCAGUGUUAACUCACAGUAGUGCUUAGUCACCGCUUCAGGUAUGGAUUUUAACAGUCAA